UUGGCAAUAAAGUAUUAGCGCGACCUUGCACGUUCACUAAUUUUAACCUAAUAUUGUGAUUUUUUUGUAAAAAAACGUAAAAUAUUACAUAAAAAAUGAGUAACAUCUUAAAAAUUAUGUCCAGAAGCAAUUUAAGAUGCCUGACAAAUAUUUUCAAAAGCAGUGCUACAUUAAAUCACGGAAAUAAGCAACACACCGCCGUGCGUAACCUGUGGUAUUUAAGUAAUAACGCAAAUGUAAAAUUAAAUAAUAUUGUCGAAAAAAACAAGUACCAGCAAAGACCUGCUCGUUGUGCACACACUAAAGGUGAACGAGAUUUAGUUGAGUUCCUCACAGAAGAAAUAUUGACUGAACGAAAGGCUCAAAAGGCCAAAACAAUCCCAACAGAAUUAGAUGGUUUUAAAGCACAAUUAAAUGGCGCUGAAGUUACCUUAACAAAAGUAACAGGCAAUGAAACGAUUAAAAUACAGUUUAAUGUGAAUCAUACAGUGGACACUGGAUCCGAACCUGAAAUUCAUCCUAAUAUGGAUAAACCAGACAUUGGAGAAUUAAAAUCUAAACCAUCAUUUAAAGUAGAUCUUGUUAGAGAUAAUACUACAGUCAGUCUUGUUUGUUCUUUUGUAGAACAAGGGCAGCAAGAUGAAACCUACAAUGAUAUUUUCCAAAUUGAUGAAAUUAGUAUUUAUGAUGGAGAGUGGAAUGAACAUGUGUAUGCUGUAUCAGGAGAAAUUGUUGAUUCUUAUUUGUACGAUUUGCUACUGAAUUAUUUAGAAGAAAAGGGGAUAUCAAAUGAUUUUGUUGAAAAACUUUCUGACUACAGUACAGCAUAUGAACAUUCAGCUUAUAUUGGAUUAUUGGAAGGACUUUCGCGGUUUGUAUCAGGAAAAUAAAAUAGCAAUUUAAUUAAGUUUAUUUAAGUUAUGUAAGAAUGAAUUUGUACUUUACUAUUUAAGUUAGAUAUGUUCACUGAAUAAAUACAAAAGUUGGUUUAGUUA